AUGAUUGAUGGUCCCUGCGGGUCGCAUUACAAUUACACCAGCUGUCACAACAGCGACGGCAAAUGCACCCGGCAGUACCCAAGAGAUUUCGUGAACGAAGCCAUUACAGGGAGCGAUGGUUAUCCACUGUACCGGCGAAGGAGUCCCACUGAGGGAGCAUUUACAGCCGUGCUUCUCCAUCCACGAACGCUUCCCAGCAAUCGUUAUUUUUCUGCGGAUACAGCAAUAGAUGUGGCUGCGCGUACCAAAGAUACAAUGCUUACAGCGUUCUUCAAUCUUUGUCGACAGGACGAGUUUGCUAAGACUCUGCUGUCCACAGACGUGCCUUCAUAUUACGUGUGGACAAAAAAGAACACCUGGGCUCGGCGGAAAUGCGGGGCCAACGUCGAGGGCUAUCCAGGCGUCAAAAAAGACGCCACACUCGGAAGGGUAUUCACGGUUCCCCCAUCGCGACAUGAAUGUUUUUACGUGCGACUCAUUUUGCACGAAGUUAGUGAUCCAACGAGCUACAAUAACUUACGGACGGUUAAUAGAUGUGACACUUUUCGUAAGGCCUGCCUCCGUCUCGGCCUUUUGGAAGACGACAGCCAGUGGGAUGCUACAAUGGCUGAGGGAGCUCUUUUAAAAAUUCCCUCUGCUUUGCGCCACCUCUUCACCACAAUCUUACAAAUGUGCGAACCCAGUGAUCCCAAAUCACUUUGGGACAAAUACAAGGACUUUUUGUCCGAAGACAUACUCAGAGAAGCGCAACUGCUGUGUCCAACAAUGGCUCUUACAUUCAACGAUGAAAUUUACAACAGGGCGCUUAUAAUCAUUGAGAACCUGUUUGUUGAAAUGGGGGGGGGAGGAUCUCUCGCCGCUAUUGGGCUUCCAAUGCCAGAUCGUGUGGCUUCCUCUAGUCUAUCACCGGAGAUUGUGCGGGAGACAUCCUACUCUGUUGAUGAGCUCAACGCCUAUGCCCAAAGACAAACGCUGUCUGUCACUGGUGUACACUUAGAGGAGCAGUGCUUCUCACACGGCCAACUUUACGUUGCCUUCUCUCGAGUCGGCAGGCGCGAGGAUGUAUUCCUUUAUUCACCCUCGCAAAAAGCUAAAAAUGUGGUCUACACUGAAGUCCUCAGCCAGUGA